UCCGCGCUUAUAAGAUGGUAUAGUCCAACUUUCGCCAGUAUGGAGUCCAUGGUGCAAACGGAACCAGAAUCUAUUACUGCGGUUUUCAGAAAGUACAGCCAGUUUCCCACCCCCGUGUCAGUCACCGUAAGCCCAGAAAUACUGGAGACCCGAGGAGAAAAACACAUCAACCUGUUUACUGAAUGGAGCCAAAACGACACGGCGAGAGGAACGAGACUCCGGUUCGGCAAGCAGUAUACCGUGAUAUGCAGCGGGAGGACCGUGCUUAGGGCGCUGCCUCCCGGCCACUGCAGUCACCUGCAGGGAGAAUUGCUGACCAGAUACUCUCCAUCCGGGACUCUGAAGGCUGUUAUCAGAGACACCAGCUGUCAUGGUGUGGGACACCAGUUCCUUGAGAUAUGGAGCAAGAAUGGACUGACGAAAAGCCUUGACCUCACUUCUUUAAACAAACAUGGACAAGUAUACUGUGAUGCACCCUUUGGCUGUCUGGCCUGGUCUCCAUGUGAGGGCAGAGUGCUGUAUGUGGCGGAGAAGAAGCAGGUCAAUCCAUCUUUCGCUAGUGAAGAGAGCAGAGUAUCGCGUGAUAAUGUUGGUGCGGGACCCUCUGGGGAGGAGGUGACAGGUGGGAAGGAGGACCGCAGUGUCUAUCAGGAGGACUGGGGUGAGGGCUUGGCCAGUAAGAGUACUCCUGUACUUUGUGUGGCAGAUAUAGAUAAGGGCACUGUGCUCCUUCCACAGGGUACUCCAACACAGGUGUCUCCGGGACAGGCACUCUGGGCACCAGGGGGAGAAGGUGUGCUGUUUGUGGGCUGGUGGCAUGCACCAUUCCGCCUGGGCCUGAGAUUCUGCUCUAACAGGAGGUCUGCCUUGUUUCACCUGGAUUUUGAAGGCAACUGCGAGUGCUUGUCAUCCGACUCCAGCGCCAUCUCAUCACCACGUCUCAGCCCUGACGGACAGUACAUUGUCUACGUGCAGGGCCAAGUGUUUGGACCCCACAACCAAUGCCUCAGCCUGCAGUUGUAUGACUGGGUGAGGAAGAAGAUAACUCUGCUGGUGGAUGUAGUUAAGAGACCCUUGGAAGGGGAGUUUGCUGGAAUAUACGAGGCCUUGCCAGCUUGCUGUUGGUCCUCUGACAGCCAGAGGGUGCUGUUCAGUAGCCCUAGGAGGAACUGGAAGGAACUCUUUGUGGUGGACAUAGGCACUCAGAGAGUGAUGCGCCUUAUUGACAAUGAGGAGUUUGGCAGUUGGAAGCUGCUGGCCAAUGAGAGGGAUCUUAUGAUAGUCAGCUGCUCAGGGCCCAACUGCCCACCAUGCUUGAAUGCAGGGUUCCUGCCACCUCCAGGAGGAGAAGCAGCCAUUUCCUGGACUCCCCUGGAAGACCCCUGUGAGAUCUCAGACCUGGAGUGGAGUGUCCUGAACAUCACGCCAACACAGCAAGAGGAGAAUACGCAGUAUGCUGGCCUGGACUUUGAUGCCUUGUUGAUUAAACCCAGGGGUCCCAGAACAGCCAUUAAGAUUCCCCUGGCUGUAUUUGCCCAUGGAGGACCACACUCCCAGUUCUCUGCUGAAUGGAAUGUGUUCACAUCAGCACUGGCCAGGGUGGGCUUUGCUGUGCUAAUGGUGAACUACCGUGGAUCUACUGGCUUUGGGCAAGACAGCAUCCUUUCUCUCAUUGGUAAUGUUGGAAGUCAGGAUGUCAAAGACAUGCAGAGAGCCGUGCUGACUGCUCUGCAGAGUGACAGCACCCUGGACCCCAAGCGAGUCGUCGUGAUGGGCGGCUCUCACGGCGGCUUCCUGGCCUGCCACUUAAUCGGCCAGUACCCUGAAUUCUACAGAGCGUGUGCCGCCAGGAACCCCGUGAUCAAUGCCGCCACCCUAUUGGGAACCAGUGACAUUGUUGACUGGCGGUACGGUGUGCUGGGGCUGCAGUAUUCAUUUGACCGGCUGCCCAGUCCAGACGACCUGGCUGCCAUGCUUCAGUGCUCCCCCAUUGUACACGCUGCUCAGAUUAGGACCCCAGUACUCCUGAUGUUGGGAGGAAAGGAUAAGAGGGUGUGCCCUCACCAAGGGCUGGAACUGUACCGAGCACUGAAGGGCAGGGGCUCGCCGGUCAGGGUGCUGUGGUUUGCUGAGGAUGGCCACUCUCUGUCCCGUGUGGACACCCAGCUCGACUGCUUCCUCAACACAGCUCUCUGGUUCCUACAGCACCUGGAUCUGCUCUGAGUUGCCCCGAUAUGUGGUCAAUAACAUGUUUUCUGGACCAUAACUGACCCUUAUGCUGGCCUGGUCAGUCACUUGCUCAAUCUGUUGGCUAAGUCUCCACCAGGGCCUCCACCGCUGUGACUUGACAGAGCUUGGCUAACUGUGCCAACUGCUUAACUAGUACUCAUGCCCUUUACUGUUUGUCGCCCCCAAGGAAUACUGCCCAAAAGAAUUGAGUUUACUUUCACUAACUACUCCCCCGUCUCUCUGUUCCUCAUUAAUGUAUAGUGAGGUUUGAGGUUGCACUUAGUGGGUGGAUGAAAUUCGCAGUUAGUGCGUAAUUGUGCCAUGCAGAAAUGAAAAUUUCCAUGAAAUAUAUGAUUUUUGAAUUAUAGUAAAUAUCGCACUUGCAAGACACUGCCACAGUUGGUCUUACCGCUCCGCACGUUACAGGGGCCUACAGAUGAAUGGUUUGCCAAGCGUCUCCUUUUUCAACCUGCUGCUUCAUUUUAUUUUGUAUGGAAUUUGAAACGUUUAUUAAUAGCAAUGUGAGAUGGUGCAAAAAAUAAAGGAGUUACUGUUCAUCACUC